AUGAGUGAUAUCAUAACAAGGUUCAACACCGGGACGGGAAUCGUGAAUGCCAUGGAUCUGACUACUUUGGAUCAAAAGGUUCAGACCCUCAGCGCUCAGCUGAAGGAGGUUCUAAGGGAUGAGCAACAAAUCCAGACAGACGGGUUUCAGAAUGCCCAGGGCUUGACGAAAUGGGUUAAGGUGUUGAUACCGGCUGUUGAGGAUCAUGCAAGAACAACUAAUGUAUUGCCCAGGGAAAUGGAUAAGUCGGAGAAAAGGGCAGCAGGAAACAGUGCCUGCUCCAUGUAUGGUAGUUGGAUAGUGGAGCAGAGACAGAUUCACCAAGGGAAGGUGCCCUUAUGGAUCAGCAACGAACAGAUUGAGGACCUGACCUCAAGACCUACCAAUUUGGCCGGGUGCCAACUCAGGGGAUUAGUGCAGGGCCCGGCCCCGCGGACAGCAGAGGUCCGGGGCCCGGCCCCGCGGACAGCAGAGGUCCGGGGCCCGGCCCCGCGGACAGCAGAGGUCCGGGGCCCGGCCCCGCGGACAGCAGAGGUCCGGGGCCCGGCCCCGCGGACAGCAGAGGUCCGGGGCCCGGCCCCGCGGACAGCAGAGGUCCGGGGCCCGGCCCCGCGGACAGCAGAGGUCCGGGGCCCGGCCCCGCGGACAGCAGAGGUCCGGGGCCCGGCCCCGCGGACAGCAGAGGGUCCGGGGCCCGGCCCCGCGGACAGCAGAGGUCCGGGGCCCGGCCCCGCGGACAGCAGAGGUCCGGGGCCCGGCCCCGCGGACAGCAGAGGUCCGGGGCCCGGCCCCGCGGACAGCAGAGGUCCGGGGCCCGGCCCCGCGGACAGCAGAGGUCCGGGGCCCGGCCCCGCGGACAGCAGAGGUCCGGGGCCCGGCCCCGCGGACAGCAGAGGUCCGGGGCCCGGCCCCGCGGACAGCAGAGGUCCGGGGCCCGGCCCCGCGGACAGCAGAGGUCCGGGGCCCGGCCCCGCGGACAGCAGAGGUCCGGGGCCCGGCCCCGCGGACAGCAGAGGUCCGGGGCCCGGCCCCGCGGACAGCAGAGGUCCGGGGCCCGGCCCCGCGGACAGCAGAGGUCCGGGGCCCGGCCCCAGCCCCGGGGACAGCAGGGGGCAGGACAGCACGUUUGAGUGUAAUAUCUGCCUGGACACGGCGAAGGACGCGGUCAUCAGUCUGUGCGGCCACCUCUUCUGCUGGCCCUGCUUGCACCAGUGGUUAGAGACCAGACCUAACCGACAGGUUUGCCCCGUUUGCAAAGCAGGCAUCAGCCGAGACAAAGUCAUUCCCCUAUAUGGAAGAGGGAGCACAGGUCAGCAGGAUCCAAGAGAGAAAACGCCUCCAAGACCGCAAGGCCAGAGACCUGAGCCGGAGAGUAGAGGGGGAUUUCAAGGUUUUGGAUUUGGAGAUGGAGGAUUCCAGAUGUCAUUUGGGAUUGGUGCAUUUCCAAUUGGGAUUUUUGCAACAGCAUUUAACAUCAAUGAUGGCCGUCCACCUCCAGCAGUCCCUGGAACACCGCAAUAUGUGGAUGAACAGUUUCUGUCCCGCCUUUUCCUCUUUGUGGCUCUUGUGAUUAUGUUCUGGCUCCUCAUUGCAUAAGGAUAGACAGAAGCAAUCCUUGUUCCAGGUCUUUGUGUGAUCUGAAGUAUAGGUGGAUGAACUCUUCUGAGAAAUUAGAAUCUUUCACCAAGUUUUUCUACCUUCAAAUAUACACUAAGAACAAAAACAUAUCUAAUUGGGACUGAAACUAUUCUUUGAAUUAACCAAUUGAAGGAGAAGAUGGAAACAGCGUGUAUGUGGCAUUGGCUUGAAUGGGCUAGUAAUCUUUGUUUAAAAGGUUCCUGUUCCUGGGCUGUAAUUCUGUGGAAAUGUCUGUAUUUUGUGAAAUAUUCAAAUGGUAUGCAUGCUGACUUCAAGCUGAAAGUUUCUGAUGAUCUCCUAUACCUUUAUCCAAAUCACUGCUGCACUUUCACUUUGGAAAGGACCAGAGAACUUGUUUCUUGGAUGAACAAAUAAUCCUUGAAGUGGACAUUUAAUACUGCCUCGAAGCUGCACUUGUCAGUUUUGCUCAGCUGAUUUGCCUCCAAAUCAAAAGAAUUAAAAUCCACUCGAGGACUUGAGCAUACAGUCAAGGCCGGCACUGUAUGGCAGUACUGAGGCCCCUUUCAUCUGUUCACGUGAAUAUAAAAGAUCCCAUGGUACUAUUUAAAGACAAGCAAGAGCUCUGCAUGCCCUGGGCAACAACACUGCCAAAAUCAGAUUAACUGUUAUGUAUUUCACUGCAGCUUGUGGAAUCUUGCUAUGCCUGUAUUCAUUGUCAUGUUUCCCGACAUAACAUUGACUACACUUCAAAAGCAAUUCCUUAGCUGUGAAAAGCUUUUCCUGAUCAGAGCCUGAUGAUAACUGCAAGUUCCUUUGCUUUUUAAUUUCACUAAAAGAAAACUAAUAGCAAAAGGACAUUGUCUUUAACUGCUAGUCAGACUUGUUAGUCAACCUGUUAAAGGUGAUUUUCUCCCUCUGCCUAUCACUGUUCGAACCGGAAUGUCUCAGUGGAGUUUUUCAAUGACAACUUUACCCUCUCUGGUGACUGUAUUUUGGGGUUCCCUUUAACUGAGGUGCUUAGCACUUGAUUUUUGAUGGUUGGUAAAUAAACCUGCCUUAAGUAUCAACUAGGUUCUCAGCUAGAUGCCCAAUACUGAUUCUGUGAUUAGCUUGGGAGGGUUAGACCUGCUGGAACCUGAACCCUCUCAACUCCUUACAUUCAGUAUGUUGAUUUUCUGGAUCUACUUUUUGCAGACUGUUAACAAUUCUUCUAUAUCUUUUAUAAGUUCACCUGUCAGAGGCCUCCUUUCACGAUUUAAUAGUGGUCUGUCCUUGUAACUCCAGAUCUAACAUUAGGAAAAACUGAGACCUUCAAAACUCUCAGCAAGUGUUGUUUAAAUGACAACUGAAUUUAAAUAGAUGUUAAGGCUGGGGAAACACUUUGAACAUUCAGGAGCCCUCGUGACCCCAUCCUGUUACAUUCUCACUGCAGUCAAAAACUCCCUGGGACUGGCUGUGGGAGGUGGUAGUGGAAAAGUGUUCGUCAUUUAGGAGAUGAGAAUUUAAAACCUUGGUGGAAUUGGCUGAGUCUCAAAACUGGGCAUCUGUGGAAGUGAACUAGUUACAGAGAAGAGCAGGUAACAGGAUAACAGGUGGGUGACAAGGAAGAGGUGAGGCCACAGAGCGAAAAACUGGAUUGUGAAGAGGCUCCAUCUGUCAUUCAUCUCAACUGGUUAGUGGAGUUCCUGAAAAUUCAUUGACAUUUCCAGUGUCUGGUGUAGGGUUCAUGCUGAAGACAGGCUAAGUCCAGUAAUGAUGGUAGAGAAUAUCAGUUGUAUAUGGGGUGGUAGCCUUCUAUUAUAGACAUCUAAUGCGUUUUUAAUUUAAUACCUUGUUUCCUAAUUUGUAUCUAAUGUGAAAUAAAACUUGUACACUGAU